AUGCACCCCUCUCGCAAGGAGAAGAAGAUGACGGCGAGAAUAACCCCUGGACGAGGACCCCCACCGUACCGAAUCACUCGCAGAAGCCUCGGCGCUCGUCGCAAACCGGAAGAAGACGUCGAUGAACAUUUAUCUGCUCCACCUAGAGGGCGCGAUGGGACGAAGAACGACGCCGAUGCUGUACAGACAACAGUCCAGAACAAGGACCUACGCGACAUCGAGCAUGCGAAUCGAGUCCUGGAAAGGACGAAGUCCAACUACGCAUCUCACAUUGCAGACCUUAAAACUGACCUUGCGGCGACGAAGGCUAUGAACCGAGAACUCAUCGAACAAGUCCGCGACCUUCAAAUGUCGCUUCGAAGGAUAGAAGAAGUGGUGAAGGACGCCUUUGACAAGUGA